UUGAUUACUUAUGUGUCAUUGAAUUAAGUUUUCAUUAAUCUUUCUAGCUACAUAUUGAAUAAGUUUCAUUAUAAAACCAUAUGGAAUAAAUUUAUAUGCUCUACCUGAAAAGUUACAGAUGUAGCCUACAAUUUUGAAAGUGAGGGAACUAAAAUUCUCAAAGUAGCAUUGUGAGAAGGUGACUGUCUUCAUCUGAGAGCUGAGUAAGUUUUAGAUGGUUUAGGUCAUUUAGCCAAAGCUGUAUAAUUAGAAGUCUUGGACCUCUAAUUGUACAGUUAAUUUCAACCUGAAUCUGCCCCAAAUCUCCUCUGUUUACUACUUAGCUAAGCUGUUUGAAAGUACUUGAGUUACAUAGUACUACUUGUGUAAAUGACUGAAUUGUUUGUUUUAACAUGCAAAUUUUUAUUGUAAUUAGAUAAAAUUAUUGUAAGAUGUUAUAACUUAAGGGGUUCAAUCUGCCUUUUGGAAAGAAAAGUAAUUCCUUUUUUUCAGGAUUCCUUGCAGUGGGGUAAAAUACUCAAAUAUGGGAGCAGGCAUGUAAGAUAAAUAAUCGGGAGGGUAUAAUAAGAUGAGUGGUAUAGUCUGUGGCAAACUGGAGUGAGUGAAAAUUAUUUGGUGACCACUCUAGCUGACUAUUUCCAUGUCUGGUAUUAAUAUUUUUCAAAAGCAGCUGAAAAUCCAGAUUUUUGAAUGAAAUCUGGCUGUUAAAUGUUGAUAGGAUUUUGUCUUUAACAUUAUUGGGGCCAAACCAAAUAUAGCCGCAGAUUGGAUUAGGAAGGCCACCAAUUUAAGAUAUGUUUUUAUGGCCAAAUGUUUGAAGGGAAUCCACACAGAAAAGGUUAUAUUUUCUUUUCUUUUUUUUUAGUGAUUAAGUUUCUUCAUGUUGGUCAGGCUGGUCUCAACUACUGACCUCAGGUGAUCCACUUGCCUCAGCCUCCCAAAGUGCUGGGAUUACAGGCGUGAGCCACCGCACCUGGCCCAGAAAGGGCUAUAUUUUAAGUAAUAGGCCCAAUGCACAUUGUUAGGAUAAUAGCCUUAGUGCUUCCUUACCUGUCUUUGUCGGUUUGGACUGCUGUAAUGAAUUGCCAUAAACUGAGUGGCUUAUAAACAGCAGAAAUUUAUUUCUUGCAGUUUUAGAAGCUGAGAAGUCCAAGAUAUGAGGAGCUGGCUGGUUUGGUGUCUGGUGAGGGCUGCUCUUCUAGCUUACAAUUGGUGCCUUCUUGUGAACUCCCUUGGGCCUCUUUUAUAAGGGCACUUAUAAAAGUGGUCUCCCAUUCAUGAGGAGACCCAUGAAUCCUCAUCAUCUAAUCGUCUCCUAAAGUCUCCCUUUAAUACUGUCCCAUUGGAGAUCAAGUUUCAACAGGAAUCUGCACACCGACAGACCAUAGUAUUAGGGAUAUUUUGACUGUAACAAUGAGUUUGCUACUAUUUUGAGAGAGAGGUUGUGAUUUUUGCACCAUGUGUUCCACGGGUGGGCACAGUGUUCAUAUGUGAUCCUCUCUUUUAGGCAAGCCCAAACAAGGGUUUCUCCUUAUAAUACUAAGUUAAUGCAGAGCUUUUUAAAUAUUUGAGACAAAGGGCUAAGAUAAAUGUGAGGCCCAAAUUUCCCUUUGCAAUUACUGCUGGCAAGGUGCAAGCAUUUUUCUGGAAAGCACACACAUGAAAACUGGAAUAUUCCUUAUAGGAGUAUCGACUUCCAUUGGUAACCAUAGCUUCUUUGCUCUAAGUACGGAAUCAAUAGUAACAGAAACCCUUCCGUGUUCCUCGGUAACUAAGGGCAACCCGGCGCUCCCGGAUGUGACGUCAACGUUUUUGUCUCCUUUUUUCCUGUCUGUCGACGGAACUCUAGGCUCAGAUUUGGUUGCUGUGUACGUGGAAGAAGUAGGCGCAUGCGCACACUGUCACAUUCGCCUCAGCUGUGCGGAAACGGCCGAAGGCCUGAGGCCUUUCCGCUUGGCGCUGCCGCCGCCACUGCCGGCUGAGGAGGGGCGAUGAGUUGGUUCAACGCCUCCCAGAUCUCCAGCUUCGCUAAGCAGGCCUUGUCCCAGGCCCAGAAGUCCAUCGACAGGGUCCUGGACAUCCAGGAAGAGGAGCCGAGCGUCUGGGCCGAGACCAUUCCGUAUGGAGAGCCGGGAAUAAGUCCCCCUGUCAGUGGAGGAUGGGAUACUUCAACCUGGGGAUUGAAAUCAAACACUGAACCUCAGAGUCCACCAAUAGCAUCUCCUAAAGCAAUCACAAAGCCAGUUCGGAGGACUGUGGUCGAUGAAUCUGAAAAUUUCUUCAGUGCCUUUCUCUCGCCAACUGAUGUCCAGACCAUUCAGCAGAGUCCAGUGGUAUCAAAACCUCCAGCAAAAUCACAACGACCAGAAGAAGAAGUGAAAAGCAGCUUACAUGAAUCCUUGCACAUUGGACAGUCAAGAACUCCUGAAACAACUGAAUCCCAAGUAAAAGACUCUUCUUUGUGUGUUUCAGGGGAAACUCUGGCAGCAGGUACUUCAUCACCUAAAACUGAAGGCAAGCAUGAAGAAACUGUUAAUAAAGAAUUGGAUAUGAAGGUGCCAACUGUACAUUUGAAAGUAUCUGAAAGUGUAAUUGAUGUGAAAACAACUACGGAAAGUAUAUCUAAUAUGUCUACACAGUCUCUCACAGCAGAAACAAAGGACAUGGCUUUGGAACCUAAGGAACAAAAACAAGAAGAUAGGCAGAGCAAUACACCUUCUCCUCCUGUUAGUACCUUUUCAUCAGGUACUUCUACCACCAGUGAUAUUGAAGUUUUAGAUCAUGAAAGUGUAAUAAGUGAGAGCUCAGCGAGCUCAAGACAAGAGACUACAGAUUCAAAAUCGAGUCUUCACCUGAUGCAGACAUCCUUUCAGCUUCUCUCUACAUCUACUUGUCCUGAAUAUAAUCGUUUAGAUGAUUUCCAAAAACUCACUGAGAGUUGUUGUUCAUCUGAUGCUUUUGAAAGAAUAGACUCAUUUAGUGUACAGUCAUUAGAUAGCCGGAGUGUAAGUGAAAUCAAUUCAGAUGAUGAAUUGUCAGGCAAGGGAUAUGCUUUAGUGCCUAUUAUAGUUAAUUCUUCAACUCCAAAGUCUAAAACAGUUGAAUCUGCUGAAGGAAAAUCUGAAGAAGUAAAUGAAACAUUAGUUAUACCCACUGAGGAGGCAGAAAUGGAAGAAAGUGGACGAAGUGCAACUCCUGUUAACUGUGAACAGCCUGAUAUCUUGGUUUCUUCUUCACCAGUAAAUGAAGGACAGACUGUGUUAGAUAAGGUGACUGAGCAGUGUGAAUCUGCUGAAAGUCAGCCAGAAGCAUUUUCUGAGAAGGAAGAUGUUUGCAAGACAGUUGAAUUUCUGAAUGAAAAACUGGAAAAAAGGGAGGCUCAGUUAUUAUCUCUUAGUAAGGAAAAAGCACUUCUAGAAGAAGCUUAUGAUAACCUGAAAGAUGAAAUGUUCAGAGUGAAAGAAGAAAGCAGUAGCAUUUCUUCCUUGAAAGAUGAGUUUACUCAAAGAAUUGCAGAAGCAGAAAAGAAAGUUCAGCUAGCCUGCAAAGAGAGGGAUGCUGCUAAAAAGGAAAUCAAAAACAUAAAAGAAGAACUUGCCACUAGAUUAAAUAGUAGUGAAACUGCAGACCUUUUGAAAGAGAAAGAUGAGCAGAUCCGAGGGUUAAUGGAAGAAGGGGAAAAACUUUCAAAACAGCAGCUGCAUAAUUCUAACAUCAUCAAGAAAUUAAGAGCUAAAGACAAGGAAAAUGAAAAUAUGAUUGCAAAGCUAAACAAAAAAGUUAAAGAGCUAGAAGAGGAGUUGCAGCAUUUGAAACAGGUCCUUGAUGGCAAAGAAGAGGUUGAGAAACAACAUAGAGAAAAUAUUAAAAAACUAAAUUCUGUGGUAGAACGCCAGGAGAAAGAUCUUGGUCGACUUCAAGUAGACAUGGAUGAACUGGAAGAAAAGAACCGAAGUAUUCAGGCUGCCCUGGAUAGUGCAUACAAAGAACUUACUGAUCUUCACAAAGCCAAUGCUGCAAAGGAUAGUGAGGCACAGGAAGCUGCUCUGAGCCGUGAAAUGAAAGCUAAAGAAGAACUUUCUGCAGCAUUAGAGAAGGCCCAAGAAGAAGCCCGUCAGCAGCAAGAAACAUUAGCCAUUCAAGUGGGGGACCUUAGGCUUGCAUUGCAACGUUCAGAACAAGCAGCUGCCAGAAAGGAGGAUUAUUUACGCCAUGAGAUUGGUGAACUUCAGCAGAGACUCCAGGAAGCAGAGAAUCGAAACCAGGAACUGAGUCAGAGUGUUUCAUCAACAACAAGACCACUGCUUCGACAGAUAGAAAAUUUGCAAGCAACCCUAGGGUCCCAGACAUCAUCGUGGGAGAAAUUAGAGAAGAAUCUUUCUGAUAGGCUUGGUGAAUCCCAGACCCUGCUGGCAGCAGCAGUUGAGAGAGAACGUGCAGCUACAGAAGAACUCCUUGCUAACAAAAUUCAGAUGUCUUCCAUGGAGUCACAGAAUUCUCUCUUAAGACAAGAAAACAGUAGAUUUCAAGCCCAGCUAGAAUCAGAGAAAAAUAGGCUACGAAAACUGGAGGAUGAGAAUAAUAGGUACCAGGUUGAAUUAGAAAACCUAAAAGAUGAAUAUGUAAGGACACUUGAAGAAACAAGAAAAGAAAAGACACUGUUGAAUAGUCAGUUAGAAAUGGAAAGAAUGAAAGUUGAACAAGAAAAGAAGAAAGCCAUUUUUACUCAAGAAGCAAUAAAAGAAAAGGAACGCAAGCCAUUUUCUGUUUCUAGCACUCCCACCAUGUCACGCUCAAGUUCAAUAAGUGGUGUUGAUACGGCAGGACUACAGACAUCUUUUCUGUCUCAGGAUGAAUCUCAUGAUCACUCAUUUGGACCAAUGUCUGUAUCAGCAAAUGGAAGCAACCUUUAUGAUGCUAUAAGGAUGGGAGCAGGAUCUAGCAUUAUUGAAAACCUACAGUCUCAGCUAAAGCUAAGGGAAGGGGAAAUUACCCAUUUACAGCUAGAAAUUGGCAAUCUAGAAAAAACUCGAUCAAUAAUGGCUGAAGAACUAGUUAAAUUAACAAAUCAAACUGACGAACUUGAAGAGAAGGUGAAGGAGAUACCCAAACUUAGAACUCAGCUAAGAGAUUUGGACCAAAGGUACAACACUAUUCUGCAGAUGUAUGGAGAAAAAGCAGAAGAGGCAGAAGAACUUCGAUUAGAUCUUGAAGAUGUAAAAAAUAUGUAUAAAACUCAAAUAGAUGAACUUUUAAGACAAAGGCUCAGUUAACUUGUGAAAAUUUAAUUCCCAUCAAACUGAAUGUAAACAUUUAAUAUCUAAACAUUUAAUGUGGACUUCCAAUAAAUUCUUUUAUAGAAUUAGAAAAUGAGAUUUACUGUAGAGUGUAAAAAUUUUUUUAAAAAUUAUUUUACGCUAUGUAGUAAUAUUUACAGUUAAAUUAUUUUGUGCAAUAUUUGAACUUUAUUUUUGAAACUAUUCUUUAAAGAUUUAUUUUUUAAAGCAUUCGUUUUUUUGUUCUUGAACAUCACAGAGAUUUAUUACUUUAACCUUAUAUCAGUAAGGCUAGAGAAGAAGAAUGGUGUUCAUAUAUGUAUUGCAGAUACACAACUAGUUGUUUCUACAAUUUGUGUUUAUAUAUAUAUAUUAAGAACACUUAAAGAGUAAUGUUAACAUACUGAAACUUCGAAAUCUUUCACAUUUAAGUUUUCAACAUAUCUUAAUUAUUACUCAUGAAAAUGUACAUUAAAUGUUUAAGUAAAAAAUUAUUAAAUCUGUGGUUAUUAAAUUUUAAACUAACUUUUUUUUCUUUAAAAGUAAGUCAUACUGACACUGUCUGAAAUUUAAAGAGUGAGCGAUUUAAACUUAAAAUAAAUUUUGGUCUGAAAAUUUAUUUCACCCAGCUUUCACAAUUAAGUCUGUAUAAAAUGUGGUACCUUUUGGUACUUAUCCAGAGAAACCUGUACAUAUUCAAUGUUAUCUAGAUGUAAUUGGAUAGUAGAGAAAAUUUAUUUAUAAUGAUUUUACGAUGGCAUCAGUAACAUUUAAAUGACUUUGAAGAGGCAUUAUUUUAUUACCCUAUUAAAAUAAUCAAAAAUAAUAAAGUUCUUAACAUAAUUUACUCUUUAAAAGUUACCUGUUCAUAUUUUGUAAACCCAUAUUUUUAGCACAUUUAAAAAUGAAUGUUUGAUAUAACCGAAUAUUCAUAACAAAAUAGAAAAAUUAUAGGAGUUAACUUGAAUUUGGCAUUUUGUAAUUCUGUGUGAUUUAUCAUUUUUUCUCGAAACUUUAAACACAAGGAAAGCAUGGAAUAGCAUUUAAAAAUAGCUAUGUCUGCUUCCAAAUGUUAUUUUAUUCAAAAAGGUAACCAGGCUGUGUUUUCAAUCUGUGAAAUAUUUUGAUGCAUUUUAUUACUGAAAGUUAUUUAACUGCCUUUACUUGCACAUUAAAACUCUCAUUUACAGCUGGGUGCCAUGGCUCACGCCUGGAAUCCCAGCACUUUGGGAGGCCGAAGCGGGCGGAUCACCUAAGGUCAGGAGUUCAAGACCAGCAUGACCAACAGUUUGGUGAAACCCCGUCUCUACUAAAAAUACAAAAAUUAGCCUGGCAUGGUGGUAAGUGCCUGUAAUUCCAGCUUCUCGGGAGGCUGAGGCAGGAAAAUUGCUUGAACCUGGGAGGCAGAGGUUGCAGUGAGCCAAGAUUGUACUACUGUACUCCAGCCUGGGUGACAGAGCAAGACUCCAUCUCAAAACAAACAAAAAACAAAACAUAAAACUCUCAUUUAAUUUGUAGUUCAAUUUUAAACACUAGUACUUCAGAAUAUAGCUACAAGUAAGCUGUCUCGAAUAAUUUGGAGAGUUUUUCAGGGCAAUUUAAAUGACCUCAUUUUUGUCCUUUUUGUAUUCCAGACAAUGUUUCUGUCAUUGGGUCUGAUUUGUAGCAUUAAUAAAUAUUCUUGCAGUGUGAGGCAAAUUCAUACAAUUAAUUUUCUUCAUUUUAGUGGUAAAAAGCAGUCUAAUAGCUUUUUGUCAGCUUGACUUUUUUUUUUUUCUUGGUAAUAUUCAAGGGCAGAAUGACAGGACAGUUAAGCAAUAAGAAAUGUAUAGGAUUAGAAAAUACAGUAGUUCCCUCUUAUCCAUGGGACAUAUGUUCCAAGACCCCCAGUGAAAGUCUGAAACCAUGGAUAAUAUAGAACCCUCUAUAUAUUGUUUUGUCCUGUGUAUAUAUAUACCUUUGAUAAGGUUUUAUUUAUAAAUUAGGCACAGCAAGAGAUAAUAACUGAAAGUAGAACAAUGCACUGUAAUAAAGAUUAUGUAAAUAUGAUCUGUCUCUUUCUCUCAAAAUAUCUUAUUGUACUGUACUUACCAGUAAUCAGAAUGUGGUUGUCCAUGCGUAACUGAAACCAUAGAAAGCUAAAUCGUGGAUAAGGGGAGACUACUGUAUGCGAAACGUAAGUUACAAAAUUCUGUGAAGCAUUUGAAACUGGACGUUUUGGAAUUAUGAAAUAGUCCCUUUAAGAUAUCCAUUAGUAGAAAAAAAACUGCAGUUGCAGAGAAAAGAUUGCAAUAAAACUGUUUCCUAAACCUUUCAAUUUUAUAUUAAACAUUCUUUUUUCUGAAUCCUUAUGAAUAUAAAUAAGAUCAAUUCACUGAAAAUUUUAAAGUGUUUUUGAAUUUAUUUAAAAAUGACAAACAACGAUUUAAGUUUCUGGCUAUAUAUUACCAUAUAUUACUCUUAUCUAAAAAUAAAUAGCUCAUACACUGAUCAUAUUUUGAUUGUUAUACACUCAGAUCUCUCAAUACUUCUAUAAGUUAAAGUGAACUUAAACAGUUUCUUGAAAAACUCCAGUAGGUGGCAGAAUACCUAUUGAAUAUUCGUUGCUAUACUUUGCUGUUUUGUCAUUAAAACAUCUCUACCCAUAUUCUAGCAAAAUAAUAAUAUUUUAAUGGAUAAGAAAAUGAUUUGCAAUUAGAUGUUUCUAUUCUUGAAAGAAAAAAUCUGCAAAUAAUGACAUUUUCAAGAAUAUAAAAAAUGAGUAAAUGAAGGGAAGGUUGUUUGGUGAUUUAUAGACAAUUAAGCACAGACUGUAGGUGUCCUUCCAAUUCUUGGGAGGCUAAAUUGAGUCUACCAUUUCCUACAUUUCUUUUACUUCUUUUUUGAGAAUUGCCAGUUGUACAGUUUAGCAUGUGGAAUGUACCAAAUAUAUCUAUAUUGUGACUUAAGAUAUUCUAAAGUGGAUAACUUGUGACCUAGGAAACAUGAAGUUUGCAGUGAAGUAAGUGAAAAGAAUGUUAAGGAAAAUUUUUUUCUCCAUCUCUCUUCAGUUGGCAUUUAUUGAGAGUUUUUUUUCAUUGUUUAUUAAAAGUAUAUGAUUUAUAGUAUUUAGAAAAUAGAAGAAAAAAAAUAAUUGUAGAUGUUUUAUCUUGUUUUAAUACUGUAUGUUUAGUACGUAUACAUUUAUGUUCUAGUGUAUCAUAGUUUUUCAUUUUCAUUAAAAAAGUGAAUCCAGUUUUCCCUAUUCAAGGUCCAUUUUAAACUAUAAAAUCUUUAAUCACAUAUUUUGUAAAGGGCUAAAAGUAUGACUUAAACUACAGAUUGAUAUACUAUUUUAAUUCUAAAUGAAAGAUACUGUAAAUAAGCAUGGAUCUGAUUGAAUAAAGAUUUUAAAAUAGUAA